GCUACGAAAAAACCCACGAACAACGAUGCUUUCCCUGACUAGGGCCGUCGCAUUCAAAUUCUGUAUUCCACCUCUCUCGUUCUCCACUAAAACCCAGAUGGAGACUCCACCCAGAAGCCUUGAAGGCAGCGUCUUGAACUCUGUUUCUCGUUCUUCGCCAAGAGUGGUUAAUGUCAAUGACAAUUGCGAUGGGCCUAUCGCAUUGCAGGAAUGGCAGGGAUGGGGCACUAUAUCUCCGAUACCUGUGAAGGUUGUGGAGGUGAUUGAGGAAUUGAAGCUUUUGGAGAGAGAUUUUGAUGGAGAGAUGAGCUUCGGGGGCAUUGGUGGCAAACUUCAGGGAGAUUUCAGAGUUAAAGAGGAUAAGAAACACCGAGCAACAUAUCAGGCUUUAGGUGACUCUGAGAAAAAGCUCCACUUCUUUUCAGCUCGACAAAUAGCAUGCCGUUUGCUUGGAAGCAGGGGUUAUCUUUGCCAAAAGUGCUGGCUUGCCAUGGAAGAUUGCAUGUGUUCGAUGGUCAAGCCUUGCCCUCUAUGGCCAGGCGUCCAGUUUUGGUUAUAUAUGCAUCCGAAGGAUUUUUUAAGGCAGAAUAAUACUGGAAAAUUGUUAUGGCAAAUAUUUGGAGUCCAAGCCGCGACCUUGUGCCUAUAUGGGAUUCCUGAACAUGAGGAAAUCAUGUGGAAUGCAUUUAAGCUUGCAGGAGAAAACAAGGUUUGGUGCCUUUAUCCCAACAAAAAUGCAGCAAACAAUUCAGUUCAGGACGUCUUCAAUCAGGAAUUUUUAGCUGACCCGGAUUGCACAAAAAUAAGGACAAAUACAGGUUUAAAUUUCAUUCUAAUUGAUGGUACAUGGAACAACUCUUCUGCAAUGUUCAAUCGUUUAAGGGAAAAAGCAAAGUCAAUUUGGGGGAAGGAGGAACUUCCAUGCAUAUCUCUGUCAACAGGUGCAUCGGCAAUGCAUAAGCUUCGGCCCCAACCAUCUUGGGAUCGUACCUGUACAGCCGCAGCAGCUGCUGGCCUCCUCUCUGAAUUGCAACUUGUUCCGGAGUUUAGCCCCUUUGGAUUGGAUAAACAAGCUGAAGCAGUAGAGGAUGCCUUGGAAGUGUUGUUAGAAGCACUAACAGCUUGGCGUCUCCGGAUGGGAAGGUCCAUCACUCGUAAAAUGAGACAUGCAGUGACAUCUGCUAAUAGCUAGCCAGAACAUCAACUUUAGUGUCUGGAGAAAUAUUUUAGAUUACCAAGGUUCUCACUUCUCAGGCUACUUCAGUUUUGAUAUGGACUCCAAUUUUUAUUUCUAAUCACCAUGAAAACUUACUUGGGUAGCUUUCCAACAGACAUGCUGCGUAGUUUAGUUGGAAUCACUAUCGCAUGCAUAACAGCUAAUCACAAAAUACUUAAUCGAAUGUCUUGUACAAGAGAUACAGAAUUUGUAGCAUGAGACAUGGGGACAGUAACUUUGUUCUUCAGCAAUUGAUGUAGUUGCAUGGCAUUACCAUAUUAACUUGACAGACAAAAUGAAUAUUGUCCUUAAUGUUCUUGGGCUUAUAUCUUCUGUUUGAUAUCCCAGAACCUCAUACCCUGCAAGUUAGUUUCUUUUCUGAAUGAAAUUGAGUGGGACUAUUUGCAUCCCACGAUUUACUAAGCA